CCUCCGCGCUCCACCACGCCUGGAGCGACGUCACACCAAGGUGCGAGAAGAAGAAGAGCGCAUUUUUCCUCCCUUCAUCAUCCAAAGAAAACACACUGACACACACCGUGGUCCUCCUCCUCUUCCUCCUCUUCCUCCUCUGCUCCCGCAAGACCUCCACUGAGUCAUUUCCAAAAGGCUAAAGACGAGCCGGGACAACCGAACGGCACCGCAAAUCCACGCGCUCUGCCUCAUCAUCCAAGGACGUAUUCUUUUUUGGAUUGCUUUUUUUUGGUAUGUUCGGACGGAGGCACUUUUGGGUCGCGUUUUGCGCUCGGCGCGUCGGGGAGCUUGUAACGUGACAGAACCGGAGCGACAAUGAAGAGUUCACCCGCACCUUUGGACCUCGGCUCAGUCACCUCUUGACCGACUUUGCUGCGCAUUAAGAUGCGCCCGAUGGGAGGGGAGCUGGAUGAUGAACAUUGAUUGACUUGACGUUUCCUGAAGACAAAAUCGAGAGGAGGAUUGUGUUUUGUUUCGUUUUUAGAUCUGAAAAAGUCACCUGGAAGUUCUGAAGCGCGCAAACAUGACGGUUCGCCUGUCCCGGAUCCAACUGGCUCUGUUCUUUAUCUUGCUUUGCCCGGUCAAUAUCAUCGGAUUGUGGUGGGCGGUGGGCAGUCCGCUACUGAUGGACCCCAACAGCAUUUGCAGGAAGGCAAAGCGGCUGGCGGGGAAGCAGGCCGAGCUGUGUCAAACUCAGCCGGAGAUCGUCAGCGAGGUGGCCAAAGGGGCCCGGCUGGGCAUCAGGGAGUGCCAGUACCAGUUCAAGUACCGGCGGUGGAACUGCACCAGUCACAACAAGUACUUUGGAAAAAUACUACAACAAGAUAUCCGGGAGACGGCGUUUGUGUACGCCAUCACGGCGGCCGGCGUGAGCCACGCGGUGACCCAGGCCUGCAGCAUGGGGGACCUGCUGCAGUGCGGCUGCGAGGCCACCAGGAACAGAGCCCCCCCCAAACCUCUGUCGUCCUCGUCCGGCGACGGGGUCAAGUGGGAGUGGGGCGGCUGCGGAGACGACGUGGAGUUUGGCUAUGACAAGUCCAAGCAGUUCAUGGACGCCAAGAGGAGACGCGGCAAAAGCGACAUCAGGACGCUCGUCGACCUGCACAACAACGAAGCUGGACGACUGGCAGUGAAGCUCUACAUGCGGACAGAGUGCAAGUGCCACGGACUGUCCAGCUCGUGCACGUUACGCACCUGCUGGAAAAAGAUGCCUCAUUUCCGCGAGGUGGGCGACCGGCUUCUGCAGCGCUUCAACGGCGCUUCCAAAGUGAUGGGCGGCAACGACGGCAAGACGCUGAUCCCCGUAGGGCAGAACAUCAAACCCCCGGACAGGCAGGAUCUGAUCUACUCGGACGAGUCGCCCGACUUCUGUCUGGCUAACCGUAAAACGGGUUCGCUGGGGACGCGGGGGCGAGUGUGCAACAGCACGGCCAUGGACAUCAGCGGCUGCGACUUGCUCUGCUGCCAGCGCGGCUACCGUGAGGAAACGCUGGUGUUCGAGGAGAACUGUCUGUGUCGCUUUCACUGGUGCUGUGUGGUCCAGUGCAAGAAGUGCACCAUCCAAAAGAACCUAAGUCUCUGUCACUGAUGAACUGGAACGGAUCCCCGUAACGAUUAUUAUUUUUUUUUUUUAUUAUAUUGAGAUUUUUGUGGGUUUGUUGUUUUUUUGGCCAUUGUAAAGACUGUGGUUCUCCGUGUUGCACCUAUCCUGCUUAUAGCAUUCCUUAAGAUAUUUGCAUUUUCCUGGUAAUAAAAAACAUUUUCUCGAUUUCGGAUGAAAGCCGAUUAGAACUUCUUGACAAUAAAACAUGUCGUGUGCCGCUCAA